AUGCUAGAGGCUGAGAGGAAAGAUCUUAUGAGUGACUCUACGUUAUCGCCAUUAGACAUGAAUGGAGAUCAACAAAACCCUGCUCCCCUUGAUAUAACGACUAAUAACAUGGUGAGAAUAGAUCAUGUUGCAGCAGCUUUAUCAAGGACCUACAAAUCGUCAGUCGUCGACACUAUUCAAUCUCUGCCCCAACAUCAGCAGAUCAUACUUUGUUCUGCUGUGAAGCUUUUCCGAGGGGGAAAGAAGGAUACAACCAUCGGCGAGUUGAACAAAAGUUACACGGAUGUAUGUAAAUCGGCUUCAAUCCCUCCAGUUGUUAUCUCCGAACUGUUAAGUAUGUGUCAGGUGCUAGAUGACCAGGGAAUUCUUAAACUAGGACAAGCACGAGAUGAUAAACUAAAAAGAGUAACGCUAAAGAUAGAUGGAGCAGACAUUGUUUUUGCACUGCAGGGAGUUCGUUUCUUCCGAAACUGUCUGGAAUGAUUUUCCGUAAGAAGAAGAAUCAUGAUUCUUAUCUGGUUAAUUCUCCGCUACAAACCAAAGUGAAAAGAGACCACAUGGAAUACUUACAAUGUUCGAGUCUGUGGUCGACAAAACAGUCAAUACUUCUCUCUUGUAGUCAUCUCAAUAGUAGAGCCGAGCCAGAUGCUGUGGAUAAUCGGACAAUAAGCUCUUGCAGGAGAAUGAAUAUGUCAACUUUCUGGCAGUGGAAUACAAAAAGAAAAGGCAAACUGUAUAGUUUUUCUGUCUUUAAACGGGUUGCCAUUUUUAUAAACGAUUAUCCGACAUUAUAAUUUGUUUAAUUAUUUGA